AUGGGUUCGAAUAAAACCGGUAACUAUUAUUUCUUCAUUUCACCAUUACAUCAAAGACUUUCGGGUAAAUUCAGUUGUCGUAUGCGUUGUCGUUGUGUUGUAAGUGUAAGUCUGGUAUCUACAUUUUAUACUUUUAAUUGUGUUGUUUUUAUUGCACUUUGUUACGUUUUUUAAUUAAUGUAAAUUGAUUUAUAUUAACCUUGUUACUAUAGAUUAAUUCAGUAAAAGUCGUUGUGAAAAUGGCGUUGUAAUGUAGAACAAUAAUUUUAAAUUACUUAAAGAUUAUACAAUUGCAGAUUUUGAGAAUAGGUUUCGUAAAUGGAGAAUAUUCAAUAAACGUGCCUACUCCAGGUCGUCAAGUUCAGAGCCGAAGCCGCGGAUUUUAAAGCCGUCGAAGCCAGUUUGUUUCACUUCGCCAAUCCCAAGGAAAAACAUGAAUUGUAAGAGAAUACUCUUUGUUUUACUCUUUAGAUAUCCAUCCUUACAACUUCCGGCAAAUUUAAAUAAAAAUAUUUUAACUAUCUUAACAUACAUAUUGACACUUUUAGUGGAUCUUUCUUCUCGUCGCCAACGGAUUCAUUUGGAAUCUAUGGAGACGUCGAUCUCCGAUGAUGAUUUAAAUGACAAGUACAAGCUUGUGCAGGAAAUGUCCGGCAUCUUAAAAAUAAACGGCCAGGUUUACGAAGAUGUAAAAGUAGAGGACCUUAUCUUUGUAACCGAUCUGGGCUCUGGAACUUGUGGGAAUGUCACAAAAAGAAAGCUUAAAGCCAGAGCGAUGGCUGUUAAGGUAGAUUACUUAGAAAGCUAUUACAAAUAUAUUCUAUAAUAGUUUAGCUAUAAGAGCUUACUUUACCUUUCUAAUACAACGUACUUCGCAUUGAUAAAUAUAGUUAAGCCUUUACCAUAGUAAAAAAACUAAAAGUCAGAUUAAUUUUAGGAGAUGAAACGAACAGACAACAAGGAAGAAUCCAAGCGCAUAUUCAUGGAUCUUGAUGUAGUUCGGAAGUCGAACGACUGUCAGUACAUUGUUCAAUGUUUCGGGUAUAUAAUCACAAUGGACCAUCUCUACAUUUGCAUGGAGUUGAUGGCGAGCUGCCUUGACAAGGUGCUAAUAGCAAGGAAUUACAUAGGAUUGCCAGAGGAAAUAAUCGGAAAAGUGGCUUACAGUGUGGUAGAAGCUUUAAAAUAUCUCAAAAAUGUACAUGUAAGUGUCUUCGUCAAGUACCUUUGUUAAUAUUGUAAUGUUAAGUACUAUAAUACUAUUACAAUGGUAUUCAGCGUGCGAAAAAGGUGUCUGGUGCUUAAAAUGUCUUAUUAAUUCUACUUUUAUAACUAUAAGUAGUCGAAUGUUAUUGCAGUGUACUGUAACAUUACGGUAUUUUAGUACUUGAUGCACAGAGAUGUGAAGCCAUCGAACAUUCUAUUGGAUUGGCAUGGGAAUAUAAAGUUAUGUGAUUUUGGCAUUUCUGGCCAACUCAUUGAUUCCAAAGCGACUACUUGGUCUACGGGAUGUACAGCGUAUCUGGCGGUAUGUCAUGCUAUAAUAGUAGACAAAUAAGAGUAAUAAUAUUAGUAAUUGUGUAUAAAACUACCAUAGAUUACUAUCUAGUUGUCAAAGUAGAUUUUACACACCUUAACUUUAGCCAGAAAGAAUAAACCGGCUGCCGUACGACGUGAGAGCCGAUGUCUGGAGUCUGGGUGUUACCUUAGUCCAGCUAGCUGUCGGCUUCUUUCCUUACAAAGAAGACCCCUCCCAGAACAUGACCCCCUUCCAUUUGAUGCUCAAGAUUACUAACGAGGACCCGCCCAGGUUGGAUCCCACCAAAUUUAGUCCAGAAUUCUGUGACUUUGUAAAUAAUUGUCUUCUGAAGUCGACUCAAGAACGACCCAAGUACAACCAACUAUCGGUCAGUCUUUUUUGUUACCGUAACCAAAGUGUUUGUCUUACUGUAACUACAACAGUUGGUUUGGUAAAUACAGUAAACUUGAAACAAACAUUGCAAAAACGUUACAUUACAACACCAAAUUACAGGUUAUGCCAUUCCUAAUAAGGUCGGCCGAAAGCGAUGUUGACGUAGGUCAUUGGAUGGCUAACCAAGACCAGUACGAUCCACCGUUCCCACCGCGAGAAUAG